GGAAGGAUGGUAGAGGGAACCGACCCCCCUUUGAGGAAUACUUCCUCCCGAGAUGUGGGCAAAGGGGCGCUCCACUUCCCCUGGGUCGCCACCACGCUGGCCAGUGUGCUCAUCACCACCAUCGUUGUGGACAUCCUUGGCAACCUGUUGGUCAUCAUCUCUGUGUUCAGAAACAGGAAACUCAGGAAAGCAGGAAAUGCCUUUGUGGUGAGCCUGGCCAUCGCGGACCUGCUGGUGGCCGUGUACCCCUACCCGCUGGUGCUGACGGCCAUCUUCCACGACGGCUGGAUCGCGGGCAGCAUCCACUGCCAGAUCAGCGGCUUCCUGAUGGGCCUCAGCGUCAUCGGCUCCAUCUUCAACAUCACGGGCAUCGCCAUCAACCGCUACUGCUACAUCUGCCACAGCCUCAAGUACGACAAGCUCUUCUCCAACAAGAACACGGCGUGCUACGUGGUGCUGGUCUGGGCGCUGACCACGCUGGCCAUCGUGCCCAACUGGUUCGUGGAGUCGCUGCAGUACGACCCGCGCGUCUACUCGUGCACGUUCGCCCAGUCGGUCAGCUCGCUCUACACCGUCACGGUGGUGGUGGUGCACUUCAUCCUGCCCAUCGCCAUCGUCACGUACUGCUACCUGCGCAUCUGGAUCCUGGUCAUCCAGGUGCGGCGGCGGGUCAAGCCCGACAGCCGGCCCAAGAUCAAGCCGCACGACCUGCGCAACUUCCUCACCAUGUUCGUGGUGUUCGUGCUGUUCGCCGUCUGCUGGGCGCCGCUCAACCUCAUCGGCCUGGCCGUAGCCAUCGACCCGCGCCUGGCCCAGGCCAUCCCCGAGUGGCUCUUCACGGCCAGCUACUUCAUGGCGUACUUCAACAGCUGCUUGAACGCCGUCAUCUACGGCGUGCUCAACCACAACUUCCGCAAGGAGUACAAAAGGAUCAUACUGGCCGUUUUCAAGUUCCAGUGUUGA